UUUUCAAAUAUAUACUAAUAUAAUAAAAAGAAUGACUGGACCUAUUCAAUUUGGACACCAUAUUUCUUUGAAGCACAAUAUGACAGGUCGCUACCUGACUUCAGAAGCAGGUCGAUUUUAUGAGGAAGGCAGUGGUCAACAAGUUGUCUUUGCAGGUGGUUGGGAGCCUUCUUCAGAAACAACCUUUAUUGUCAUGCCUCGUCUUGGUGAAGAUGAGAUUGAGGAAGGUGUAGAUGUUAAUUUUGGUGAUGUGAUUCGCCUCAAACACGCUGCUACACGUGCUAACUUGCAUUCGCAUCCUGAUAUUCCUAGUCCUAUUACAGGUCAACAGGAGGUUACUUGCUUUGGUGACGACGAAACAAGUGAUGAAAACGACGAAUGGAUUGUUGAACAGUGGUCCUUUGAUGAAAAUGAAAAUGAAGAGUUUGAUGUUGAAGACCCUACUUGGUAUGCUGAUCGUUCCUUCUUUCUUCGACACGUUACUACUGGAUUAACUUUGCAUAGCCACGAAGAGCCUCUUCAUGAGGAUCAAAAUGAAGUCUCUGCUUUCGGUGACGGCCCUGAUGAAAAUGAUAGAUGGCGCGCAUCUUUUGAUUAAAAUAAUCUAUAUCUAAGCUAUAUACUUUCACAAAUUUUUUUGUUAAACUAAACUAAUAAAAUAUGUAUAUCUACACACAAA